CUGUUUGUUAAACACACGCUCCCUGCCUUUCUCUCAUUCAGGAGCUAACACGACAUCCAGCUUUGUGAGACGGGGGCUGUCAGUCACCCCGCAGAGGCAGCAGGGCACCGAGGCUUCCCCAGGUUGACUCCAGGAGAGAAGACAGGACGGGUCCCAGCCUGCGAUGAGGCCGUAGUGUGAAGCGAGUGGUUCCAUACCAGAAGGACACAAGACCUUCUCCUCCCAUCUGAGGGUGCCAGGCAUGGGACUGCUGGAGGGAGCCAACAGCACCCUCACCAUGGAGAAGCUGGCAGUAGAUGAGAAGCUGCCACAAGGCUGGCACACCAAGGACUUCGUCACUCCCAGCCUGGAUCUCUCUGGGUCCCGCAGUGUUAUGAUGGACAGCACCAAGAUCCCAGGGGUCCAGGUGGUUCUGAUUGCUGCCUACUCCCUCAUCAUCCUCCUGGGGUUCAUUGGCAACUCUUUGGUCAUCUACAUCAUAGUGAAGUACAAAACCAUGAGGACUGUGACCAACCUCUUCAUAGCUAACCUGGCCCUGGCAGACCUGAUGGUGGACACCCUCUGUCUGCCUUUCACCCUAGUGUACACACUGCUGGAUGAGUGGAAAUUUGGAGCUGUUCUUUGCCAUCUGGUCCCUUAUGCUCAAGCUCUGAGCGUCCACGUGUCCACUCUGACCCUGACUGUAAUUGCCCUGGAUAGGUAUCGAUGUAUUGUGUUCCACCUGGACAGCAGGAUCUCCAGGAGGCUCAGCUUCACCAUCAUAGCCAUCAUGUGGCUGGCUGCAGCCAUCCUAGCAGGUCCUCUGGCCAUCUUCAGAGAGUUCCGCUAUGAGGAAAUCCCAUCCAUCAACCUCAAAAUGGCCGUCUGCUCCGAAAAAUGGCCUUCUGGUAAUAACAGAGAUGCCACUAUUUACAGCCUGUCCAUGCUCCUCCUGCAGUAUGUUUUUCCUCUUGCAGUUAUUUGUUAUGCUUAUACCAGGAUCUGGUUCAAGCUGAAAAACCACGUCAGUCCCACAUCUCGAAAUGAAAACCAGUACAGGAGGAGGAAGACCACCAAAAUGCUGGUAAUGGUAGUUGUGGUCUUUGCAGUCUGUUGGUUACCCUUCCACAUAUUCCAGCUUGCCAUCGAUCUUGAUCUGGUUCUUAUCUUCCAUGAAUACAAACUGCUGUACACUGUCUUCCAUGUGGGAGCCAUGUGCUCUACAUUUGUCAACCCUCUGCUCUAUGGAUGGAUGAACAAGAACUACCGGAACGGCUUCCUCAUGUUCUUCCGCUGCCAGAACAAGCCAGAAAGCAUCCACACCGAAGGCUCAGUAAGAGGGAGGUCAUACAUCUUCAGGGCCAGCACCCUAAAUGGGAGCAUGAAACACGCUGCUGCCAAUGGACCCACAGAGGUUUAAGGAUGGGAUGCCCAGCUCCAGGACUGAGGCUGACUGAGUGGAGACAUUCUUGGUGAUCUCCUUUUUUGAGAAACAUUAUGUAGCUACUGCAGCCACAUAGAAAUACCUCUUGUAUCUCUCAAUACAAUAAAUUUGGUGUAUUUCUCUCUGA